AAUUAACUGCCGAUCUAUUACUUCGUUUUUUUGUCCCUUUGUAAGAGGUAUUGUACAUGUUCACCCCCCUGGGAAUCAAUCCAAAGGUGCUAUUAAAACGCACCUUAAAGCUCCCCAUAAGACCCCCAGAGUCACAAGAAGGUAUUUUUCUUCUAUCAACAAUUGUGAAAGUGAGGCACGUUACCUUUCAAAGAUAGAAAAAUGGCGUUCGGCAAGGACACUUUCAACUUGGAGAAACAGUUCACCUUCUACGCUUCCUACCACAACAAUCCGGUCAAUGUGGCCAUUCAUAUGAUUUGCAUCUGGCCGAUUCUGGCCACGGGUUUGGUGCUCCUUCAGUUGUCGUCCUUCUGUUCUUGGACUCAUCUACCUACUCCGGAUUGCCUCCAAAAACUGCCUUUGGGCCUUGAAGCUCCACUGAACUUGGCUUUGGUUGUGGCCCUCAUCUAUGUUGUGUCCUACAUGUUAAUGGAACCAGUUGUGGGCGGGAUUGCCGCCCUCUUCGUGACGGCUCUUUAUUUUGGAUCGUGGAACAUGGUCUCUGAGGAUUGGCACGUUGGUGGUUAUCCCGUUUGGCGAGUGGCCUUGGUAAUCUUCAUCAUGGCCUGGAUAAUCCAGUUUAUUGGACAUGGCGUGUUUGAAGGACGAGCCCCGGCCCUUCUGGACAGUUUGGAUCAGGCCCUCUUAACAGCACCACUUUUCGUUCUUUUGGAGGUGUUCUUCUUUCUGGGAUACCGCAAAGGGUUCCACCAGAAGAUUAUGAAGCAGGUGGCGAUCAAUGUAAAGAAAUUCAAGGAGGGCAAUAAAAAGGGACAAUAAACUCUCAA